ACACGUGUCUGCAGUUGCAUUCCAUCUUUUUAUAUUGUUAAUUUUGUAUUCACAUUCACAUUGCGAGUUAUUUGCCAAUGAUUUUUCUUUUCUAUGUAUAUAUUGUUAUGACAGUCCCGUAGAUUUAUCCUACAUUGAAAAAGUCCCUUGACGUAAAAGAAGAAGUAGUCACGUACGAGAAUGUUCUGGAUGUCAUGGAAUAACCCAGAAAUGUCUGGUGACGUCCAGAACGUCAGAAAUCUAUAUAAACAUACGUGUUUGACAUUUUACAGUUCAGUUGUAAUUGAGUAUUUAAAGUUGAUAGUUGUCAUUGAGUUUGUAUUGUAAUUGAAGUUAAAUAAAGUAUUUUAAAGAAGUUGUAACAUUGGUGACAGCGGUGGGAUAAGAAGACAUUAAGUAAUUUGUAUAUGGUCAAUACAAGAUCUACUAAAUUCGAGAAAGAAAUGGAUACAUCCGGACCACCAGAAUGGUUUUUAAAAAUGGAAGAGUUGAAAGAGAAACGUAGGCAAGCAGAGAAAGAAAAUGAAGAGAAACGUAGGCAAGAAGAGAAAGAAAAUGAAGAGAAACGUAGGCAAGCAGAGAAAGAAAAUGAAGAGAAACGUAGGCAAGAAGAGAAAGAAAAUGAAGAGAAACGUAGGCAAGCAGAGAAAGAAAAUGAAGAGAAACGUAGGCAAGAAGAGGAGGAGAGGCGUAGACAAGUAGAGGUAGAAAUAAUAAAUAGUUUGUCACAAAUUCAAGAAAAUUUUACAUUAGAGGUAAGUCAAAUUAAUAGUAGAAUUGACACAUUAGAAGAAAAACAAAACUAUUUAGAUAAUACACUAGAAAAGCAACAAAAUGAUUUAAAGCAACAACAAGAUAAUUUAAAAUCUAGUUUAGAAAGACAAAUAGUUAUGUUAGAACGAAAAAUUGAUACCAAAGCUUCUUUAUCUCGUAUUGUUUCAGUAACGAAUGUCGAAUCUGAAACAGCCCCUUCAUCUUCACAUCCCCUAAAUCUUCUUGAAUCAGGCACAAUCAGAAAUAGCAAAAUUUUGAAACCACCUACCUUCGAUGGCCAAACAGCAUGGGAAACGUAUCGUUUCCAAUUUGAAGCUGCAGCAAGAGCAAAUGGCUGGACUGAGAGAGAAAUGGCAGCUUCCUUGGUGGUGUCGCUUCGAGGCCAGGCAGCAACCGUCCUUCAAUUUCUUCCUCAGGAUUCACCUAGUUAUGACUCACUUGUUCAAGCUUUAGAAACAAGAUAUGGCCAACAACAUCUGAAGCAGGUUUUUCAAAGUCAGCUUAAAGUUCGGUAUCAAAAACAUAACGAGAGCCUACAAGAAUUUGAAGCUGAUAUUAAAAGAUUACUACAUUUGGCAUACUCUCAGGCACCUAAAGAUUUUCUUGAACAAAUCGGUAUACAGGCAUUCAUAGACGGACUACAUGAUAUCGAAAUGCAACAGGCUCUCCGAUUACAACAACACAAAACGCUAAAUGGAGCACUAGUUUCAGCCCAGGAGUUUGAAGCGGCUAAAAGUAUUUCAAGAUCUCGCCCAAGAUUAAAAGAAAUAAGAUUUCGAGAAGAUGAAGAAGUCACUACCACAGAUAAUCAACAACCUAUUUUGUCCCAGAUGUUGAAAAUACUCCAAAACCUUCAACAAAAUCAACAAAAAGCUCAAAAUCAAAACAGAAGAUGUUUUAACUGCGGAAGAAUGGGACAUCUAAAAUCCAAUUGCAGAAGCCGAUCCCAAGCACGAAAAGAAGAAUACAAGAAUGAGAUCAGAAGGUCGCCUAGUUCGACAUCCAGAAGCCCAUCAUAUAGUCUCACUAGAAAUGAUGGUAGAUGGUCACUAAGAAACAGAUUUCCUACAACUGACCAUAGAAAGGAAGAAAAUACACUGGAAUUUGAAGUUAGCCAUUUGAAGGAACAACUAGCGAUUAGUAAAAAUAAAAUAGAAAGAUUAAGAGAACAGGUGACAAUAUUGCAAGAAGAGUGUAAGGUAAUUCAAAAUAAUGCAAAAACUACACAGUCCAAUCUGGAAAACGAAUGUCAAAAACUGAUGAAAGAGAAGAAUGUGUUAAAUAAACAAUUUCAAGAAUACCAAAAUGCAUUAAAUGAAUUACAAGUUCAAAGCCAACGUCAGCUAGCACAAAAAGAGAAUGUAACCGAAGAAAAACGAUACUGCUAA